AUGAAGAUAUACUUAUCCUCGAAACCAGCGGUAAGAGAUCGGAAGAGGGUCAAAGCAAAAGAUGGAAAAGGACUUCCUGCCAAUCAAAAUCCCAUGCUGAUGGAUAUCAUUAAUGGUAGCGACACAGCAAAGAGGGGAAAAAGGUUGCGAGAGUGGAUAAGGGGUAAUGAAACAUAA